GGUAGCAAUACAGAGAGACUCUCUCUCCUCUAUUUUCCUUUUGGUAUUGUUAUCUUGGGAUCUGAUUUUGUCCCCAUACUGGGAGGGAGGGAGGGGGUUGGGUUUCUUUCUCCUCUCUUCUUCUCUCCUCUGCUCACCUCACCUCACCGCCCCCUCCUCCCAAGGCUGAGCAUCGGCUCGGGUCCGGUGACAGCAAUCGCUGCCGUCUUGCCCUGCCCCCCACGAGGAGCACACCAUCAGAGCGAUUCUGAAGCAAUAUUCAUUCUACCUGGGUGCUGAGCUGGUGUAGGAGCUCUAAUAAGCCUAGUGUACACAUCAGUCAUCAGCCAAGUGACUGAAAAAGGAAAAGCAGCAGAAAUAUUGGUCGAGGGCUCUGUAGUUGUUUCUCCAAACUUGUUUUAUGCCUUUGCAGUAAUCUUGAUAAAGUGAAUAGUCAAAGCUAAAACAUGGCUACUUAUUACUCGAGUCCUGGCAGUGAAAGAGAUUCGCAAACCAUGUACUCAACAGAGUCAGGCAAUGCAUCAUAUCCCAUGCCAGCCCUAGGGAACUUGCUUUAUCCGAACAAUGCAUCUUCUGGACCGUAUACAGAAUUUAGUGGCAUUAUACAGCAUCAGCAGAAUUUCAUGGAGCUACCUGGCCAUCCUUCAGCAAUGUCACAUGAUUCAUCAUCCAACGAAGCUACUAACAUGGGCACUUCACUCACAGAUCAGCGCUCUUUUGGUCCUUUGAAAGAUAUGAGAAAUGAGAUGUUGAUGCAUUUGAUGGAUGGAGCACACAACAGUGGCAGUGAUCUCAUCCACAAUGAUGCCCAUAACACAGGGCAAAUCGAGUUUGGCAUGUUAAACAACCACAACUCAACAAGUGUUCCAUCAGCACCAGGCCAAGGGCUCUCUCUGAGCCUCAACACACAUAUCUUGGCACCUUCCUAUCCGUAUUGGUCUGCAAAACCAGAGUUACUGACACCAAAUUCUUACCAGGGUGAUGACAACAGAAUGAAGAGUGUGCAAUCUGAGGCCUCACGGGCAAUCCGAAAUUCCAAGUAUCUGAAGGCAGCACAGGAAUUGCUUGACGAGAUUGUCAGUGUUUGGAAGAGUGUUAAGCAGAAAGCAGAUAAAGGCCCUGCUGAAGCAGGAAAAGCAGAUGGCAAAGAGACUGAAGGGGGGAAUAAAAGCGAGGGAGUGUCUUCCAAUCCACAAGAGUCUGGUGCCAAUGCGGCAGCUGAGCUUUCAACUGCUGAGAAACAAGAGCUCCAGAAUAAGAUGGCAAAACUUAUGGCAAUGUUGGAUGAGGUAGACCGAAAGUACAAACACUAUUAUCAUCAGAUGCAACUUGUAAUGUCAUCGUUUGAUACGGUUGCUGGUUCUGGAGCUGCCAAGCCUUAUACUGCAGUUGCCCUCCAGACAAUCUCGCGUCAUUUCCGAUGUCUGAAGGAUGCUAUCAAUGAUCAAAUUGGUGUUAUCCGCAAGAAACUUGGAGAGGAUGACAAUACAUCCGGCAAAGAGGGCAAAUUAACUCGCCUUCGUUAUAUUGAUCAGCAAAUAAGGCAGCAGCGAGCUUUCCAACAAUAUGGUAUGCUACAACAAAAUGCUUGGAGGCCGCAGAGGGGACUACCUGAAAAUUCAGUCUCAAUUCUCCGUGCUUGGCUUUUUGAACACUUCCUUCACCCGUAUCCAAAAGAUUCUGAAAAGCUAAUGUUAUCGAGACAAACUGGGUUAACAAGAAGUCAGAUUUCAAAUUGGUUCAUUAAUGCCCGUGUCCGGCUCUGGAAACCAAUGAUCGAAGACAUGUACAAAGAAGAGGUUGGUGAUGGGGAGUUGGACUCAAAUUCCUCCUCCGACAAUGGGGCACGAAGCAAGGACAAAGCACCAUCUUCUGAAGAAAAGGAGGAUCUGAAGACUUCAACAAGCCAGGCUUGCCAAAGCAACCAGCUUGACGAAUCCAAGGCCAACUUGGGUGGGAUGAUGAGCCUCAACGGAGCCCCAGCCGGGGACUUCCACAACGAGGCGAACCCAGAGGACAGCUUCAUGAGCCUGAUGCUGAAGGCCCAGAGACCAGGCGAAACCAACGGCAGCAGCCUCCUUCACCACGCCGUCGCCCAUCACUCGGACGAGAGCACGCAGUUCAUGGCGUAUCACCUCGCAGAGCUCGGGAGGUACGGCAACAACAACGUGUCCCUGACGCUGGGUCUGCAGCAUGCCGAUAACAACCUCUCUUCAGUGCCAACCACGUACACCCAGCCGGGAUUCUCCGGCGUCAGAGACGAAGACAUCUAUAACGCCAACGCUCCUCUCAACGUUACUUCCACGUCUUCAGACUACGAAUCCACGAACCAGAUGGAUCAACAACAACGGCAGCGCUUCGAGUCAUCACCUCUGAUGCACGAUUUUGUGGCCUGAAUUUCAGGUCACACAUUCUAUAACAGCGCUGGGAAAAGAUUGGCAUUUGUUGUGCCAGGAUGAAUAACAUGCCUGGAUUGAAUUUUCAGGUGUGGAAUUAUUGUAGCUGUAGUUGCAAUUGGGGUACAGAAGGGGAGGAGAGGUAUAUAGCGUAAAUGUAAUGUAAAUUUAGGUGGUGGGGGUGAUAGCGGUAAAGAAAUCUUGUAAAGAUGGAAUACGUUUAUACAUGUAAAAUGCUAUGAUUUAAGGGCCAUGCUGUAAAAAAAAGAUUUACCUGUAAUGAGCACUUGUGAUCCAGGUAUAUAUAUACUGUUCAGGAUGUUAAAGAAAAGAGGUUAAAA